AAUCUCCCAAGGGCUGCACAAUGUGACGCAUCAACAUAUUGUGAAGCAGUAUACUAUGAAGGAUAAUUAUUAUAAUAUAUUGUAACUUCAGGCUCUGAAGGGCUAGAUCCUAGAGCCGUAAAGCCAGUUAUUAAGAAAAGAAGAAUUUGACAAGUAAUAAAUCCAAAUGGAUUUUUCGAGCUUUGAGCUUUGACAAGGUCACGGGAACACUUCUUUGGACAAAACUGUAACAUACAAGCGGUAGACUUAUUUGGAAAGAUUAAAUAUAACUACUAAGACCUCUUCUAAGGGCAGAAGGCUAUAAUAUGUGGUUUAUAAUAUGGAUUAUGAUACUGAUGACAUUCUUGUGCUAAAACCGCUGAUAUAUUUUAAGGACAGACUAAUAUCACAAUAAAUUCAUAAAAGGUUUUAGAAGUUUUGUGAAUUGAAACCCUUUCUAAAGAAGAAAUAAGAAACACGCUAGUGUAGUACCGUAAAAGUGGAAGCUUAUAAUAGACUUACCUUGUGAAGAUAUUAAGAAUUAAUUUACAUAUAACAAACUGGAUGUUCCUACAUUAAGGAAAGAAUCAUCUUUGUUACUUCAAUCUCCACCGGUAUCAAUGGAAUUGUUAAUUGCAAAGGACAAUGCCAGAAUAUCUCUAUAGAACUUUGCCCCACCUAAUUUUUUUUGCUGUUUUAUUACUUUAUCCAAAUUGUAUAAUUUAACGCUUCUAACACUUGCGAUUCUUUAUUAAAUUGAACUUUGUAAUUACAUUUACCUUAUGUUUUUUAAUAGCAUUCAUUGCACUUAAUUGUAAUUUCAAUCUGUAAAUUGUCAGGCGCUAAUAAAAUAUGUAAUUAUGGAUUUUAGAAGCCGAAAUAAACUUCCGUUUGGUUUGUAUAAAAUAAUUAUGUGAUCACCGAUAUUUGAGAAGGGGUUGUCCUGUUUUGGAGAUAAAAGAUCCUAACACUAUAAGAUAACCACGUCUUCCUUAACAUUAUUAAGUAUAAACAAGUGGGCUCAAUCUGUUACGUAAAUAUUACUUUUGAUGUUGUGUCAAUGUUCUAUUUUUCUACAUCAGCAUUUAAUAGAGGGUAGUAUUAUUUUCUGCUUAGGAAUCAGUCUGGGUAGGUACGACACAUACCCAUGUCAGUCGACAAGCUGCAGUGCGUGCACUAUGUUCCGGCCUGAAGCGGAUAGAACAUUGUUGAAUAAAUUGUUGCCAAUCCCAAUCCCAAGGUGUUAAUAUUGUUAGAGUAGGUAAUUCUUUGAAUUUUCUCUCUAUAUUGGCAUAUACAGUAUCUGCUUUUAUAUGUGUGUCCUUAAAAUAAAAUUUUUAGUUCAAGUUUCAACUGGGGAAACUUUUUAAAAAUGAAAAACAUACACAUGACAGCACAAAUAUUCUUAUUUUGACCAUAACAGUUAUCUGACCGUAUAUUCAAUAUCUGAUUCUGGUAUGUUUUUGGUUGCCCAGUUUAAGGUUGAAGCUUUUUCGUUUCCAACCCUUUGAGCUUUAGUUUCAUCCUACAUAAAGCAAAAUGCAGGACUGUCAGUACCAUCAUAAAUAGUGUAAUUUAAUGUCCAAAGUUUUCUCUUAUAAAAAUUAACUCCAUUUGUUAAAUAAGGAGCGAAAAUUAUUUAAAUAAUCUAAAUAUUAUUUAUGGAAUUUUUAAAAAAUUUGUUCGCUACUGUGACCCCAGUGUAAACAAAACGGUGUAACUUUUAAACUAAAUGAUCUAUUGCAAUGAAAUAAACUCCAUAAUAAUUGGAAGUAAUUAGUCCAAUUAGUCCUUAUAAAAUAAAAAUUACGGAAAAAACUACCCUCAAUUGAAAAUAAAUACGUUUUUUUUUUAGAAAAAAAGUUAUUUUUCACCGUAUUAGCUACCCAACAGUAAAAAUUGCAUGUGUAUCACUCAAUCAUACAAUUUUCUUUUAAGUGUUAAAAGAUAGCACUCCGAACGCCAUUCAUUGUUCUAUUAAGGAUGGUUUAUUAGUAAUCGUAAAAUUUCUCGACGUUACCUACCGUUUUUAUUACUUUAAGCUAAUUUUCAUCGUAUUAGCCACCUGGUGGUAAAAAUUGCAUGUUUUUAACUCAAUCCCAUCAUUUCUUAUCGACUGUCAAAAAGGUCCAGCGCACGGCUACGCAUUGUUUAGCUGGUAGAUAGACCUUUUUUAUGAAUUUUGUUGUGAUUGUGCGCGGGUCGGGGUGCGGGGAAGUAGGGCCAACCGAAGGGACAUUGAAUUAUGACAAGCAGGUACAGGUAGUCGCUCCUAAUUAUUCGCCGCUGCUGAAUGUGUUUCGUAACUUUCGUUCGCUGCUACAUGAUGCCGCGUUUAAGGGAAUUCUUCCCGGCACACAUUGCCGACAUUCAUUUUUACUAUGGAGUGGGACGAGGAAGUGCCAGAGCUUCGCGCGCAGCUUACUUACAUAGCUGCGUUUCCUAACAGCCAACCAGUGCCAUCUGCCCGCAAUUUCCAGGAAUUUCACAGAAGGUUGUCGAUCGCUGGACUUGGAUUAAGUAGUGAUCAUCGCGAGCCGCCUUAAGUAAUUAUUGAUGUGGCUACUGAACAAUCUGUACUGAAUGAUUUGUUUCCUGAUUCAUCAAUAAGUACUAGAUGACUGGAUCUUCGUCACGGAAUAUCCCAAAAAUCAGUGUGGCGCAUUUUAAAGAAAGAAGGAUUGCGUCCUUAUCACUACCAAAGCAAACCCAAAUUUUCUGAAAACCAUACUAUGGAUGGACGAAGCGACAUUCACUAGAGACGGUAUAUUACUAACUGUAAAUUUACACAAAUGGUGCCGUGCAGGUGAAAACCCGAAAUUGAAACGUUCAUCGACUUUUCAAGUAAGAUUUUCAGUAAAUAUUUGGGCUGGUCUUAUCGAUGACACGUUGAUUGGAUAAGUCAUAUUGCAGAGAAAGUUGACUGCUGAAAGAUUUUUAAGUCUAUUUACUAAUGAACUACCUGAAUUAUUGGAGGAUGUACAACUGGUUUUGCGUCGAGGGAUGUUUCUGCAGAUGGACGGAUGCCCUGCCCAUUAUGCUACAAAUGUUAGAACAUUUUUAAACGAUAAUUAUCGAGAUAAAUGGAUCGACCGACAAGGACCUAUACGGUGGCCUGCGCGUUCACCCUAUUUGACGCCCCUUGAUUACUUCCUAUGGGGGACCAUGAAACACCGCGUCUACAGUCAACCCCCCCCCCCCCCCCCCAUCAAUAGUGAGGCUGAUUUGCGUGACGGUAUAAUUAACUGUGCGAAUGAUAUUAGCAAUGAUCCCGAAAUGAUAAGGAGAGCGACACAACAAAUUUUAAUUCGCACGGCUUUGUGCCUACAACAACGAGGUGGACAUUUUGUGCACCUGAUGCAUUACAUUUGUGUGAAAUAAUAAAUGGUUUUAAUUG